CCCCGCCGAGCCGGGACCAGGGCGGUGGGAGCGGACGCGGCCGCAGGAUGGUGGCGGGGCUGUCCCCGGCGCGCAGUCCCGGGAGCUGGCUGGUCCCCGGGCUGUGGCUGCUGCUGCUCAGCGGUCCGGGGGCGCCGGCGAGCGUCCCGGAGCAGCCGUCCUGCACGAGAGCCUUCGACCUCUACUUCGUCCUGGACAAGUCUGGGAGUGUGGCUAAUAAUUGGAUCGAAAUUUACAACUUUGUGCAGCAGCUCACGGAGAGAUUCGUGAGCCCUGAAAUGAGAUUAUCCUUCAUUGUGUUUUCUUCUCAAGCAACCAUUAUUUUGCCAUUAACUGGAGACAGAAGCAAAAUCAGUAAAGGCUUGGAGGAUUUAAAAGAUGUUAGACCAGUAGGAGAGACAUAUAUCCAUGAAGGACUAAAGCUAGCAAAUGAACAAAUUCAGAAAGCAGGAGGCUUACAAACCUCCAGUAUCAUAAUUGCACUGACAGACGGAAAGUUGGACGGUCUGGUGCCGUCAUACGCAGAGAAAGAGGCCAAGAUAUCCAGGUCAUUUGGGGCUAGAGUUUACUGUGUUGGUGUUCUUGACUUUGAACAGGCGCAGCUGGAAAGAAUUGCCGAUUCCAAUGAUCAAGUUUUCCCUGUGAAAGGUGGAUUUCAAGCCCUUAAAGGAAUAAUUAAUUCUAUACUUGACCGGUCAUGCACUGAAAUCCUGGAAUUGCGGCCCUCAAGUGUCUGUGUGGGGGAUGAAUUUCAGAUUGUUUUGUCCGGAAGAGGAUUCAACUUGGGCAGUCGGGAUGGGAGUGUUCUCUGCACCUACACUGUAAAUGAAACGUACACAAAGAGUGUUAAUCCAGUAAGUGUGGACCUUAAUUCUAUGCUUUGUCCUGCACCUGCCCUGAAUAAAGUGGGAGAAACUCUUGAUGUUUCAGUGAGCUUUAAUGGAGGAAAAUCUGUCAUCUCAAGCUCACUAAUAGUCACAGCCACAGAAUGUUCUAGUGGGACGGCUGCCAUCAUUGCUGUUCUGGUGUUACUGCUACUGCUGGGCAUUGGUUUGAUGUGGUGGUUUUGGCCCCUUUGCUGCAAAGUGGUUAUCAAGGAUCCUCCUCGACCACCACCUCCUGCACCAAAAGAGGAGGAACAGGAACCUCUGCCUAACAAGAAAUGGCCCACCGUGGACGCCUCUUAUUAUGGUGGUCGAGGGGUUGGAGGAAUUAAAAGAAUGGAGGUUCGUUGGGGGGAUAAAGGAUCUACUGAGGAAGGUGCGAGGCUAGAGAAAGCCAAGAACGCUGUGGUGAAGAUUCCCGAAGAAGUGGAGGAACCUGUCAGGCCGAGACCGCCUCGGCCCAAACCCACAUACCAGGCUCCUCAGACGAAGUGGUACACGCCAAUUAAGGGUCGUCUGGACGCGCUCUGGGCGCUGCUGAGACAGCAGUACGACCGGGUUUCCCUGAUGCGGCCUCAGGAAGGCGACGAGGGCCGGUGCAUAAACUUCUCCCGAGUUCCAUCUCAGUAAAAGGAAAGCAGGAAGACCAAAGAAGAUAGGAAGAUACAUCUUACACUGCUGAUAUCCAACCAAAUGAAAAAAAAAAAUUAAGUGAAUUUCAGAAGUUUUUGGAAGAACAGCUUUCUUCCUUUCAGUCAGGAAAUGUUUUCUCUGCCUUCUGCUUUGCUUGCACCAAACAUUUUUAAAUACUCGUUCUGCCAUCUACAUGAGAGUUGGUGAAACCCACUGGUAACUCAUGAUUCAUGACAUUGAACAUAAAGACUCACGUUAGUCUACCUGCUAUGGUUUAUACAAGAAAGUUCGUUGGAAUGUGGAGAGGAGGAAAAAGCAAAAACAACAGCAUGAAGAUAUCAAAACAGGGACCACGGAACAACGGGCCAUGGCGGGUCUGUAAUGGAGAGAGGAGUGCUUUACAUGGAGACAUGGCAUUUGCAUUUUUACAUCACAAAAUUGUCCGCCACAGGCGGAGUAUGAAAUUUCCCACCAAGCCAAGCAGAUACGGGAGUCCGUUGCCUUAUAGCUAUGUCAGAUCACAAAAUCCUCCUCGGUCCCCUAUCACACUGUGCCUUACGGGAAGUUUCUGACUGGAAAAUCUUGUCAUUCUAACACUGAAAAGUGCACACGCAUGACAAAAUGUAGACAGGAUGCCUCAAGGUAUUGGUAGCAAGCAAGAUUUUGCCCUUUAGUUGUUGAAGACACCUUUCUUCAUUAUGCACUCGGGAAAAGAAGAAAAUUAAUAGAGCGUUAUUACACAGGAAGACAGCCUCUAUCCAGAGGUCUUGAGUGGAGUUUAAGGGACUUGUGCUUCAAGAACUCGUCCCCGGGAGUGGGGAUUUACCCCACUCUCUGUGUUUAGGGUGUAGUAGCGCAUAAAGCAUUAAUAUCUGUAAACACACCGGGAGUUUGUUUUGCUUUAAUUUAAAGGAAGCGGUAACCACAAAGCUUCCGCUCAGGGUUUUUCCUUCCUCCAAGUCUCCAAGGGCUCUUCAGCGUCACAAGCCAGCAACUCUCUUUGCAUGAAAAUUUCAAAGUUUAAUUAAUAUAAUUAAAGGCAACAGCAAGCAGCAGCCUGUGAAGAUUUUGCUCAUCUUUUUUAUGCCUUUUGACAUUGAAUGACCUAUUACUGUGUGCGCAUUACUUGGAUCUUGAGGGACACUCUACCUUGGUUAUGAGUCAGUAGAGAAAAAAAGACCUCCUCUCCUCAAUUUAUACAUUAAAGUUUGAGGAGGGCCGGCCACCACAAAACAUCGAAAUGUACGUAUGAUAAUUUUUUAGGAAAACCAACUUCGUGUCACGUCGACGAUGCCAGGUUAUGUUAGCGUGAGCGGAAACACUCGGGGGGGGGAGGAAGAAGGCAGCCGCUGAAGAAGAAAGCUCAAAUGAUCUAGUCACUUUCGAUACUGUACUUCAGAUGCGAAAUGGAUAUUCGACUCGAAACCUGACAAAACCCGCCUGCUGUGAUGUGAACUGGUAUAGACAGUGACCAGCGGCUGGGUCAGUGGGAUGUCUCCCUGCGAGCACACAGGCUUAUCAAGUGACACUAAAAAUAAGUUCAACAACCAUCACGUUGGAAGGAAGGAGGCGAACGUUUCAUGUUCGGCGGGCAUGCGAGUACACAAGACGGAAGGAGCGAUUUGGAGCAUCCCGGUAUAAUUACCCCCAUUGUGCCCUUAAUGGAAAUUUCAGAGGACGGGAGUGAUUCUGUUGGUUGGUGUCCAGAUUUGUGGCACGGCUCCAAGAAGCCUUACUCACACACACAAAUAUAUAUAUAUAUAUACAUGCAUAUCCUCUAGCUUGAAUCAUUUGCUCAAGUUUAUUUAUGUCACUGGCUGGCUGGAUCCAAAGUCAUGUGUCUCCAUAUUCGUAAAUAAAAUUUUACCUGUG